AUGAGCGGUUCCUUCUCGUCCCUCUUACGCUGCUUGGGCGGCGCCUUUCCGUUCGGGGGUGCGGAGAGCGCGGCGUCGGCGUCGGUCGCCUCCUCGGCGGCGUCGGUUCCCUCCUCCUCAUUCUCCUCGAUCUCCUCCUCCUCCUCGUCCUCCCCGCCGGCGGCGGCUUUCUCGACGUCGGGCGCCGACCUCGCGUCCGUCCCCGUCGCUUCUUCGGCGUCGAUCGGUUCGAAGAUGCCUCGAUCGUCGUCAUCCCCGCCGGCGGCGCUCUUGGCGCGAGGCGGGGAUGCCUUCUCGUCGGCGGCGGUAUCCGAAUCCGCCGGGGAUUUGGCCGGUGUCUUGGCCGGCUUCUUGGCCGCCUCCUUCGACACAGCUGUGUCGUCGUCGGCGACGCGCGCGUCGAUGCCGCCGCCGCCGCCGAUGAUGGGCGCGGGCGCGGUGGACCCGCGCAGGCCCUUCACCCCGUCGAGAACGUCGACGACGGAGUCCGAGUCGGGAGAGUCGGCGCCGCGGGCGCUCGAUCUUUUGGCGUCUCCCGGGCUCUCCACGGCGACCGUCGUGGCGGGCGCUCGCGUUGGGUGGAGGCUGUCUAACGCUUCGUCGUCGUCGUCGUCGCGCUCUUCCUCGACGACGCGCACGACGGACCCGUCGAGCGCGGCGUCGCGCUCCGCGGGUGAUCGAUACGCGCCCGCGUUGGGAUGCGCCAAGCGCGACAGCGACGACCCACCCGCGAUGCGCUCGGGCGAUCCCCCGAACGACGACGCCGAUCUCGGCCGAUCGAGCGCGUCGUCGUCGUCGAGCUCGAACUCGACGUCCAGGCGCUUGGAAUGCAGGCCGUCUCCUCCGUCGGCGAUGUACCGGUACGCCGUAGCGCCCAACGCGACGAUCGCGAGCACGCCGCCGCAGAUGAUCGAACGGCGGAGCACUCGCGACGUGCGCAGCCACGACCCGCCGGACGAUCGCGACGCCGAUCCCUUGCUCGCGCCGAGGCUCUCGGACGCGCGGGUUCGUCCGGCGGCGGCGCGAGGGACCGGCGGGUUGGGGGUGGACGGUCCGGGCUGCCAGCUGUCGCCCUCGUCCCAACCCGCGUCGUCGUCGUCGUCGCCGUCGCUCCAUCCCCCCGACGACUUCGUCGUCGCGGGUGCCGGAUGCGACCCGUGCGUCGAUCCCGCGGACGACGAGGACCCUCCCGCGGACGCUCGCGACGAGGACGAGCGCCCCGCGGACGCCGCGCCCCCGCCCGAUGAGUUGGUCGACGUCCUCGGGGCGAUGGCCUUGGCCUCGCGCCAGGCUUCCUCGCCCUCCUCGGCGUCCGAUGCGUCCCAGCCGUCCGUCGCGGCCAUCGUGCCCGGGCGCAGUGCGUGCGACCGCGACCUCGGGAGACGAGAAUCGAUGAAGCUCGCGACGACGGCGCCGCGCGCGGCGAUGGCGACGGCGUGGUCGACCCGACCGACGCCCGCGACGGCGACGGCGCGCCACCGCGCCGCGUUCCCGCGCGCACCCGGUGAGCGCCCAACGACCAAGGCGAAGAUACCGUCGUCGGCGAGGGGGGCGACGCGGAGGAGACGCUCGAGCCCGCUCGCGCGCGCGACCGCCUCCGAGGACGGGGACGACGAGCCCGUCUCCUCGGCGAGCGGCACCAUCUCCGCGCUCGACGCUCUCCUCGGGUCCGCGGACGAGCCCGAGCCCGAGCCCGAGCCCGAGCCCGAGCCCGCGCGAGGCGAUGACGAGACGACGACGAAGGGCGAGGGCGUCUCCCCCGACGGGGCGGAGGCGGCGGGGUGGCCGUCGCUGUCGCUUCCGGACCUCCCCUGGGGCGCGUCAUCACGAGGCGGCGGCGCGCGCGGUGAGGACGACGAGGAGCGCGCGAUCGUGCGGCGCGCCAUGGAGAACGCGCGCGCGGAGAGGUCCAAAUCGUCGUCGUCCAAAUCGUCCAACGGAUCGAGGGUCGACUACGCCGUCGACGAGCCGUACGACCCCGACUUCGACCCUCUCGGCUUGGGCCCGCGCUGGGAGGUUCCGUGGGGCGCCCCCACCCUCAUCGCCACCCUCGUCGCCGUGGAGGCUUCCUUCUACCUCGCGGGCGCGCUGGCUCCCGCCAUCGUGUACAGCGGAGCGCGGAGCGCGGAUGAGAUCCCGUUUGACGAUCAGGAGGCGUUCGCCAAGGACCUCGCCGCGCUCUUCGACGAACCCGGCGCGUUCGCGGACAUCGUCAUCACCGCGGAGGUGAUCCAGACGGUGCUGGCGCUCGGGGUGGUCGCCGCGGUCGCAUCGAGCGCGUCGCCGCUGCCGCCCGGGUGGUUCCAGUUUUCCCUCACGGGCGACGACGUGUCCAUGUCCGACGGUCCACGGGUCGAGAAGAAGCGCUCUAGCCCGGACGGCGGUGACUCGCCGGACGGUGACUCACCGGUCGCGCGGAGCCUUCGCACGGGACGUCCCUCGGGAUCUCCAGCGGCUUCGGGUGCCGACUUUGCUGAGAAGAGACGGGCGCAGCGGAUCAGGGCGGAGCGAAGGGCGAGAUCCGAGGAUUGGCUCGGCGAGGCGGCGAGGGCGAGCGCGUGGGUGUGGGGCGCGGUCAUUCUCGUCACCGCGCUCUCCUACGUCACCGGCCUGCGCGGCGACGAAUCCGGGACGGCUUCCAACUCGACGAUAGAGAAGGCGUUCGACGCCGGACCGGGCGGCGCGCUCUCGCUGUUCCUCACCACCGUCGUGCUCGCGCCGUUGCUCGAGGAGACGGUGUUUCGCGGUUUCAUGCUGCCGACGCUGACGCGAUGGAUGGACACGAGGUGGGCGCUGGCGGCAACGACGAUCGCGUUCGCGCUGGUGCACGAGCACAACACGGGCGACACGGUGCAGUUGCUGGCGGUGGGCGCCGUGGCGGGGGUGGCGUACUGCAGGACGAGGAACCUCUUCGCGUCGAUGGCGGUUCACGCGAGUUUCAACCUCGGCGUGCUCGUCUUAUUCGCGCUUUGGACGCACUCGUGA